AUGGCAGGACCUGCAGCUACGAUCACGCCGCUGCGCCGUGCGGACGGUUCUGCAUCUUACCAAUGUCCGUUCACAGGUAGCCAGAUCCUUGGCUCAGUCAAUGGACCUAUCGAACUUCCGGGUCGUCGCGAUGCUCAGAAACCUGAGGAGGCAACGGUGGAGGUCACGGUCAAACCAGGCACGGCUGCCGGCGGAGUCGGGGAGAGAUACGCGGAGGGGAUUUUGAAGAAUCUGCUGGGCAGGUUGAUCCUAGGAAGAGAGAAAGGGUUUGCAAGGCGGGGUAUUGUGGUGACGCUGCUUAUCGCUAGCGGAGAAACUGCUUCAGAUUCGGCACCACGUUUCAUCCACGAGCCUCUGUCUUUUGGAGAGACUCCUUCUAUUCCGCCUCGUCCGUCUCAGGAGGAGGAAGUGACACAGUCGCCGCCACCACCCCGCCUCAAUUUCCGCCAGCCGAAAUCGUUCCUGAACCACCGCCAGAACGUACGCUCGAUUGAUACUGUUCCUCGACAAACAAUAAUGAAGGCGCUCGCGUCGCGACCGCCAUCGUCGACUAAUGCGAACAUGCCGCUGGCGGCAUCUCUGAACGAGCUUGUGAAUAACACCAGUGCACCGGGCGAUGAAGAAACAGAAUACAGUAACUCCUCAUCGCAAAUGCUGUCUACCGCGCUCUCAAACCUACAGCUUGGGGCAUAUCCAGAGAAAUCGUCCACCUCCGCGCGAUUUGCGUUGCAGUCGCCGUGCUUCUUCCAUCAGCAGUUCGACGAUACCGUCAAUAUCCAGAAGGUCCUUGAGGAGAUCGCCGAUGAUGAGUGGCUCUCCCAUUCGCGUCUUGUGCAGACUGCUACCGGUGUCAGAGAAGUCUCAAAACAGCUUCAGCGGCGACCUAUCAAACGUGCGAUUCGAAAUGUCAUGAUUGUAACGAAAGCUCGAGAUAACAGUCUGGUUUAUUUGACGCGCGAAUUGGCCGAGUGGCUGAUGUCUACUCCGCGCUAUGGAAGCGACGCUGGUGUCAAUGUGUAUGUUGACUCCAAGCUGCGGAAUUCCAAGCGGUUUGAUGUUGCGGGAUUAUUGGCAAAGGACCAGCGUUAUCAGCAUAUGCUGAAGUACUGGACUCCUGAUCUAUGUUGGACCUCGCCUGAGAAGUUCGAUCUCGUCCUCACCCUGGGCGGAGACGGAACCGUCCUGUUCACGUCCUGGCUGUUCCAGCGCAUCGUCCCUCCGAUCCUGUCCUUCUCGUUGGGUAGCUUGGGUUUCUUGACCAAUUUCGAGUUCGAGAAAUACAAGGAGCACCUGAACGCGGUGAUGGGUGAUGCUGGUAUGCGCGUCAACCUGCGUAUGCGGUUCACCUGUACUGUCUACCGUGCGGACCGGAGUAAAGGAGCCGCAGCAGGUGCUGUCGAGGAGGGCGAACAGUUUGAGGUCUUGAACGAGCUCGUCAUUGAUCGCGGCCCAUCGCCGUAUGUCUCUAACUUGGAGCUUUAUGGAGAUGACGAGCUCCUGACGGUCGUCCAAGCCGACGGUUGUAUUUUCUCGACACCUACAGGUUCCACCGCCUAUUCUCUGUCCGCAGGUGGCUCUCUAAUCCACCCCUCUAUCCCUGGUAUCCUCCUUACUCCAAUCUGCCCGCACACUCUGUCAUUCCGUCCUAUGGUGCUGUCCGACACGAUGCUUCUCCGCAUUGCUGUCCCUAUCGGAUCUCGUUCAACUGCCUACUGCUCUUUUGAUGGCAAAGGCAGAGUCGAGCUGCGCCAGGGAGACUAUGUGACCGUGGAGGCUAGUCAAUAUCCCUUCCCCACCGUUGUCUCCAGUAACAACGAAUGGUUCGAAAGCGUUCGUCGUGCCCUCCGCUGGAACACCCGCGGAGCCGUGCAGAAAUCAUGGAGCGGUGGUGCUGAAGGCGCACUUGCUGACGGAAACGAGGAGGACGAAGAAUGGGAUAUUGAUACAGAUCCCGCCCCCAUAAGCACCGACAGUGGUGUCGGUGCUAGCGAGGAUGGUGAAGCCGACUCUGCGAGUCCGAUGAGACGCCAGAUGAGCUUAUUGUCGACGGCCUGA